AUGCGGGCGAUGGCCGCUGGGCUGACGCCAAGUGAGCCCAAGACCUUUGUAAGCGACAAGCUGGUCGUCUACGACGAAGGUGGUGAGAGGGGGCGUGGAUAUUUUGCCUCCAGGAGCAUCUCCCCCGGUGAGGUGCUCCUGAGAGAGGAGCCCCAUAUCUUUGAUGCCGAAGAAGAUGAUUUCAGCGCGCUGGCCACACUCCAUGUCCUAGCGGCGGCUGAAGAAGGCUUUGAACUACGGACCUCUGGAGAGGAUUCACUGGAUGAGGAGGCCUUUCGCUGGCUAGCGGGCGUUCCUGGGUGUUCCAAGGCGAAACCUGUACUGAGGCUUGCUGCCGCACAAAACAAUGGCUUUGAAACAUCUAUCCCUGAUGGGGUAGAGGUGGAGGCCACACUUCUUUUCAAAAGGCUCUCCAUCUUCAAUCAUUCGUGCUGGCCAAACUGCGCAGUCUACCGUCAGAGGUCCAGUGGCUUGUCGCACGUCUUGGCCACUGGUUCCAUUGAGAAGGGUGCCGAGCUCACGAUCCACUACUCGGACGAGUUGAUCUUGCUUCCCAAGGAAUUGCGGAGAACUUUCCUGACCGGGAGAUUUGGCUUCUUUUGCGAGUGCGAUCGGUGCCAAGAGCCUUUUCAGAUGCACGGUGCUGGAGAAGCGCUGGAGGCCGCCUUCGCACACCUUGCAGAGGACCAGAACUUCAAAGUCCAGGCUGAGGCAGCCAAAGUAGAGGCUCUUCUGCAAGAACGUGUCGAGGGCCCUCAGGAGGACGUUCGCGCUGAUAACAUGAAAAGAGCUCAUGCUGGUCUCUGCAAAAUGCGCCGGGACAAUGGGCAACCUUCAGGCUUCGUCUACAAGGACUUCAACAGAUGGGAAGAUGCGCUGGCAGCGGUCGAAGCUGCUAUGCCCCACUUGUCGGCCUUUGCGGGGCCGACGCACUGGGCACGGCAUCAUGCUCGAGGCCUUCAAACUCUGGCGCUGGAGGAGCUGCAAAAGGACUCCAGGGCAUACUUUGUGCUGGCAGAGCACGCGGCUGCUGCUUGGAAGAUCAUGCCCCGCUAUUGCGAUGCUUUGCGCCUACUCCAACAACGCUUGCAGAAGGCGGCUGUCCUUUCAGCGGUUCUGCUAAGUCUACGGUCAGAGAUCGGCUGCCUGAUGGUCUCAAAGAUCGCCGGGAAGCCCGCGAAGAGAUUUCGUUUGGUGGUGAGAUCGGUAGAGGUGAAGGAACGCGAAAGCAGUGGACAGUGGUAA